CAACACCACCAACAACAACAACAGAUAGCAUGGGGGCUACAGGGUCAACACCACCAACAACAACAACAGAUAGCAUGGGGGCUACAGGGUCAACACCACCAACAACAACAACAAAUAGUAUGGGGGCUACAGGGUCAACACCACCAACAACAACAACAGAUAGCAUGGGGCUACAGGGUCAACACCACCAACAACAACAACAAACAGAUAGCAUGGGGGCUACAGGGUCAACACCACCAACAACAACAACAGAUAGCAUGGGGGCUACAGGGUCAACACCACCAACCCAUUUAUCCAGGAAUACCAACACCUCAUGCAAAUAUGACAACAUCACCUACAAAGUCCAAUCAGGAUCUCCUACUGUCUACCAGCUGAGAACAAAGAAAGAGAAGAUUGGAACUCUGACAAGAAUGACUCUUGGUGAAAAAGAUCCAAACAAGAUAAACAAAACCAUCUUACUUGUUGGUGAAACAGGAACAGGAAAAUCUACUCUGAUCAACACUCUGGUCAACUACACCAUGGGAGUGGAGUGGGAGGAUGAUGUCUGGUUUAAGAUUGUAGAGGAGGAGAAGAGAAGGCAAUCAGAAAGUCAGACAUCAGAUGUGAUCGUGUACCAGAUCUUUGGUUUUGAAGAUAAAACUCUGCCCUACUCUCUGACCAUCAUCGAUACUCCUGGAUACGGAGACACCAGAGGGAUCGAACAAGAUGAAAUCAUCAGUCAAAGAUUAUUAGACUGGUUCCAGUCAGAGGAUGGAGUUCAUGAGAUUAAUGCAGUGGGUCUGGUGGUGAAAGGGAGUGUGAAUCAACUGAGUGACCGACUGAGUUGUAUCUUUAAUUCAGUGAUCUCUCCGUUUGGAAAAAACAUAGAGGAGAAUAUAGUCGCCCUCGUCACACACUCAGAUGGUCUGACACCUGAAAAUGUUCUACAAGCUCUCAAGGAUGCAAACAUUAAAUGUGCCAAAGAUGAAGAUGAUGAGCCUGUUCAUUUUAUGUUCAACAACCACCAGAAAACACAGAAAACAAAGAAAAAUAAGGUUGCUCUAAAAGCUGCAUGGGACUUAUCAAUGAACCAGAUGGGUGAAUUUGCUGAUUUCCUGACUAAACAAAACCCUCAGACCCUGAUGACAACUGUUGAAGUUAUGAAAUCCCAAAUCAGACUGACAGCCUGCAUCGACAACAUGCAGGAGAGAAUCAAGGAGAUUGAUCUAAAACAGACAGAAAUCCAACAGACUCAGGAAGUUCUGAAGAAACAUGAAGAAGAGAUGAAGAAGAAUGAGAAGUUCACUGUUGAAGUUGAUGAGCCCUACAAAGCUAAACAAAGAGUUGUUAGAGAGAGGAGGUGGUGGGCACUUGGGUUAAACUAUGGAGGAGCUGUCUGCUGUACUGUCUGUGAGGAGAACUGCCACUAUCCAUGCACACUGGCCUUGUAUCCAGUACAAUGUGAGGUUAUAAAAGAUGGCCACUGCACUGUAUGUACCGGGAAGUGUCCUGCAUCAGUUCAUGUGAAGGAAGAACAAUGCAUUUACUGUGAGGGUGAGUGUUCAGAUGAAUCAAGGCAUCCCAAAAACCCCUGGAUCUAUGUGACCAAGACAAGGAAAGUUCAGAAGACCCUGGAAGAUAUUAAGGAGAAGUAUGAAAAGAACAAAGCAGGAGGUGAGAUAAAGUUGAGCCUUUUGGAAACUCUUGAGAAAAACAUGGAAGAACUUCAGAAAGAAAAAGAUCAGUUGUUGGAAAAGUCCUUUCAGCAUGUUGUCCACCUGGAGCAGAUCGCCCUGAAUGUAAAUUCACUGUCCACUCGUGUCCACUUGGACUUCCUGAUUGAGAAGAUGAAGGAGAAAGGAGAUGCAGAGAAGGAGAGGAAACUGGAAGAGAUGAAAAGUCAAAUGGAUAAAAAAGAAGGAAUCAAGGCAGCGCUGCGCUACAAGUUUGGUAAACUAAGAGAAGCAAUGGGUGUUGGUAAGAUUUAACCUAGUGAUAAAGAAGUAGAUGAACAGAAUCAUGGUGAGCAGACAGCUGUGUAGAAAACAAGUUCCAUACUGAUGAUCAAAUUUUUCAUUAUAGUUCUAUUAAAUGAAUCUAUUAAAUGGGAUGAGAUUAAAAAUGUAAUCACCUUUUAAAUGUUAAAUGUGUAAUUCAUGGAAACAGCUGCUUCUGUGAUAUAAUGACUGUUUCUGUUUGAUCUUGUAGUUUCAUGUUUAAUCAUCAUCCUUCUGUAUCACUAACUGAAGUCAGAUCAUAAAUACAUUUAUCGUUCUUAAGUGUUCUUUGUGUAAGUUUAAUGUUUUAAUGCUUUUCUAACGUGCUAUUGAGUAGAUAAAAGGCUGUGAUUUAUUCUGAUGUUGGUGUGAUGAUGACAGAAGUAAACUGGUGGUGGGACCGUAACACAUCACUGACAUUAAUAAAUAUCCAUAUAAAGAUGUUAAACAUGAUAUUUCCUCAUCUUGUUGAUCAGUUUGUUCAGAGGAUAUUACAGAACUGAACUCAGACACAAAUAUUCUGCUCAACUUGCACACUUCAGCCAUGAAAUCUAAUGGACUUUCAUUUGAUGCAUAUUAUAAUCAAUAUAUGUGAUUAUAUAUUUUCUACCCUUGUGUAUUCAUGUGUAUUCAUGCCUAAUAACCAGUUAUAAUAUUUCAGAAGAGGCCAUGUGGAAACAUGUUGAAAACGUCAUGUUGUACUUUUAUUUUUUAUUUUGAGUGAUUCCAUGUAUUUACAAUAUAUAUUGGGACUGGAGGCUAGUGUGAGUGGUGACUGGUAGCUGGAGAGGUACCAGUCAUCCUCCUGGAAACUACCUAACUGAUCGCUGUGCUGUGCAUGUUAAUUCAUAUCAAUGCAUGUCUAUAUGUUUCUCUUUGUGUGGAAAUGAAGCAAAAUAACAACAAUGUAAAGAAAAUCAUUAUAUUCUGUUGUUCCUCAUGAAAUCACAUCCUGACUGAUGCAGUUUUCUGUCAAAUAUUAAUAAAAUGUCUGCUUGAAACCA